GCUCUCCGUCCGGUCACACCCCGCCCCAUCCACAUGCAGCCCACUCCGCCCCCACAUAGUGUACAUAACAAACGGGCUUAAUUGGCAAUUUAGCAAGCAGUCAGUUAAAUGUGCGCGGCAGGCAGUCCCAUCGUCAGUGCGCUCCUCCGCCAGAAUGUGCUCCUGCGAGCUGGUGGUGUCCUCCGGAGCUGGGACCCCAUCUCCUCCAGCCUGUGCCCCUCGCCGUGCAAACCGAACUAUAGUUUUGAGGCGCGCGCUUUCGCGUCGGACGCUGGAGCUUCCGCUCCAGCUGCGACCUCCCAGAUCUCGCACCCAAAAACAGUGAGUGAUUUCCAAAAGCUUCACGAAGCCACCAAAAAGAAGUUCCAAUCCAAGAAGCUGCCCUCCGAUGUGCAUCCAGAUGCGGUCUUCGCCUGCAACGAGCUCGAUCUCAGCGAGGUGCAGGUGUACGGAUUCGACUACGACUACACGCUGGCCUGCUAUAAGCCCAUCCUGGAGGACCUGCUAUACAAUCUGGCUCGCGAGAUGCUGGUGAAGAGGUUCCGCUACCCGGAGGACAUCCUCCAGCUGGAGUACGAACCGAACUUUGCGGUGCGCGGCCUGCACUACGACGUGGAGAAGGGGCUGCUGGUGAAACUGGACAGUUUCCUGCAGCUGCAGCUGGGCUCGGUAUACAGGGGACGUACCAAAGUGGAGGCGGAUGAGGUGCUGAAGCUCUACCACAACCGCCUGCUGCCCAUUGCCUACGUGGAGGGGCCGAACAAUAGCUACAGGCAUAACACCAACUCCAAAAUGGUGCAACUGGCCGACUUGUUUUCUGUACCUGAAAUGUGCCUGCUGUGCAAUGUAAUCGAAUAUUUCGAGCGCAAUCGCAUCGACUACAAUCCUGAGAUUGUUUUCCAUGACACCAGGACCGCCAUGGGCUCCUGCCAUCCCAUUAUGCAUGGCAAGGUGAUGCGGAACACGGAGAAGUACAUAGAACGAAACCCGAAGCUGGUCAAGUUCUUCGAGAAGCUGCAGCAGGCGGGCAAGAAUCUCUUUCUAGUCACCAAUAGCCCGUACUCGUUUGUAAACUGUGGCAUGUCCUUUCUGGUCGGCGCCAACUGGCGUGAUUUCUUCGAUGUGGUCAUCGUGCAGGCCCGCAAACCAAAGUUCUUUACGGAUGAAUCUCGACCAAUAAGGCUGUUCGACGAGCGAACGCAGUCGCACCUAUGGGAUCGGGUAUUUAAGCUGGAAAAGGGAAAAAUCUACUACGAGGGUUCGGUGAGGCAGCUUCAAGAGCUGAAGGGCUGGCGUGGUCACUCUGUGCUCUAUUUCGGAGAUCAUCCGUACAGCGAUCUAGCAGAUGUUACUCUGAAGCACAGCUGGAGGACAGGAGCCAUUAUCAGCGAACUGGCUCACGAAAUUAAAACCCUCAAUCGUAAGGACUUCAAGAUGAGCGCCAACUGGCUGCAAAUGCUGACGCAGCUCAUCGAGGACACCCAGGACGAUGAUAGCGAGGCAGCGCAGAUCUGCCUGAAGGAGUGGAUGGAGGAGCGGGAUCAGUUGCGCAACAAAACGAAGAACGUGUUCAACGAGCAGUUUGGCAGCGUUUUCCGCACCUACCACAACCCCACGUACUUCUCAAGACGCCUCUUCCGCUUUGCCGACAUCUACACCAGCGACAUAACCAACCUGCUCAAGUUCUCCACCACCCACACCUUCUAUCCCCGACGGGGUGUAAUGCCCCACGAAUAUGCCUCCCACUUCAUCUAGAGAAUUUGUGGGGACGAAUGCCCGUUGGAAGCUCAGAUUAGUUGUAGGUAACAAGAAGUGCCAGUGUUUAAUGCUUGUAGCUCGAAACUAGUGAAUUUAAUGCGUGUAUAUCGUUAUUUACAUUAUUGCUCAAUAAAAUCGUUGUAAUAGUUCAAGAAAA